ACAUGGCGGGACAUAUUUAGCUCUUGUAAAUGACAUGUGAAUAGUUAGAUUAGAUUAUGUUUCUAAAAUAAAUCCGCGAUAUUUAGGGAAAUGUUUUACAACAGAGGUCUCUGGCUCAAAAAAAAAAAACAUACUGUGAGUGUACAGUACGAAGUGCAGGCGUCAGACAGACAGACAGCAGCCGCGGAUGGAGCAGAGCUGCUGCUGUAUGAGGACACAAACUAAACUGAAUCAUAGAGGAAACUUUUACUUCAGUGGACAGAAAGCGAGUUCACGCGCACGCGCGCACACAGACACACACAGACACACGCGCGCGCGCUCACGCCCCGAUAAAAGGCUUGACAAUUUCUUCCCAAAGCAGAGGCAUGUUACUAGAAAGAGAGCGGAUCGAGCAGCCGAGCUGAGAGCCAGCGGAAUGAGGCUGUGAAACAAUAGACGUUGGCCAUGCGGACUGAAAUAUCAAGACAUUAACUCAAAAGGGAGGUCUGCCACUGGUUAAAUAGGAAAAUCAGAAUUCUCCUUUUCCUCUUCUCAUUUCUUUGACUUCAUGAUGGAUUUAUUGUGACCUUUGGCCCCAAAAAAGAGCUGGAAAUACCAUCAAAAUUGAAAGGACCAACUGGAGUAACCAUUCUUGCCAUUUUACUCCUCAGCCGACAAUCAUUUUGGAUUGUAAACAGGUUUACAGAUUAAUUUCAACCCCUGCAACUCAUCUUGCUGGCUCAGUGGGAAAAUAGACAAUCAGUAGCAAGUUCUGGGUUCAUCAUGUUAAAGUAACCCACUAGCACUGAUUACAUCACUUUUCAUCCUGCUUAGCAUUGAAAAAGGUCUGGCCUGACCAUGCUGCUGAAGAAAAAGCUGUGCAUCGGUGCCGUGUUCUGCGGUGUCCUGUUUUUUAUGAUCGCCUCUCAUACCAUUCAGAAGAACAGCAUCCUGCCUGAGAUGGACGAAGCUGCUCACAGCACUGCCAGGACUCUGACAAAGAAGCAGACUCAAACCAAGACUGUAACUGAGAGGAGUCAUCUUCGCUUGUGUAGCUGCCCAACUUGUAUCGCAGAUCCAGGCGUUUCGGAGUGGUUCGACCAACGCUUUGACUAUAAGCAGCAACCUUACCUUAGUGCUGAAGAAAAUCAAAUAGAUCCAGUCUCAUUAAAGUGGUGGCUGGGUUUGCAGCGGUCAGCAAAUGAGUCCAUCAGUGAAAUAAUUGAGAAGAUGUUUUCAGUGAUUUCUCAUCCUGUGAAAAAAAUACAUCAGCCAAGUCAGUGUAAGAAGUGUGCUGUGGUUGGAAAUUCAGGAAAUUUGCUUCAGUCCAAGUAUGGAGCUUUGAUAGACUCCCAUUCCAUUGUCUUCCGGAUGAAUAAAGCUAUGACUUGGGGUUUUGAGCAGCAUGUAGGGAACAAAACCACUCACCACAUCAUGUACCCUGAGAGUGCUGUGGAUCUGGCUCCUGGUGUCCAUCUUGUCCUGCUACCUUUUAAAUUGAGAGACAUUGAGUGGGUGACCAGUGCUCUUUCAACUGGGGAAAUCAAAAAGACCUACAUGAGAGUGAAAGAACUUGUGCAAGCAGAUAAAGAUAAGGUGAUUGUGGUGAACCCAAGCUUCUUCAAAUACACUCAUGACCGCUGGACAGAGCACCAUGGCAGAUACCCCUCUACUGGCAUGCUGGCCAUCGUGUUCGCUCUGCACCUCUGUGAUGAGGUCUCAGUGUUUGGUUAUGGGGCAGAUCCACAGGGAAAUUGGCAUCACUACUGGGAGGACAACAAGUAUAGUGGAGCCUUCCGCAAGACAGGUGUGCACAGUGCUGACUUUGAACAUGAGAUCAUUCGGAAAUUGGAUGCAGAAGGCAAAAUUAAAGUCUACCCAAAAGUGGAAAGUAAGGCUCCUGUUACCAUUAAAAGAAUGAAUAACAUAAUAGUAUGACAUAUUGACACUGAGCCAAAGAAGAGCCACAAACAGCUGUGAUCCACCCAGCUAUUAACUGACCACUGUGAGGUACGCUGAACCAAACACACUGACAACAAUCUGCAUUCUCUCCAGACCAAACAAUCCUUUAUUAUUAUUAUUUUAAAUGCUCUAUUGUUACUUGCCUUGUUACUUGUGUUUUAUGCUGAACCAGUUUGUGUAAAGAUCCAGAAGUUAAGGAAAAUGAGCAUAUAAAAGCAGCCUUGGGGAGCAGCUAAAGGCUGAUUUGUCCACACUGUGCUACACCUAAUAGCCUUAUAGACACUGGUGAUUUAGGAGUUGUACAUCCUUAGACUCAGUGUAAAUUGCAAUGACCAAAACUAUGUUUAAAACAUAUUGAGGUUAAACCCUUGGUUCAUGUCGAUAUCACAUUUUACUGCAGCUAACAACAAAAUGUACUUUGUUACAAUUAAUGAAUGUCUACAAAAACUGCCUUUAAAUUCGUAUUUUUACUGUAUGGUUCAAUGGAGCAUAUGGAAAAAUGACAUUUUAUAGGCAUUGUUUUUUGGACUGUAAUGUGUCAUGGAUAUACAUAUGGAUUUUCAGUAACAGUCAAACAGACAGUAUUAAAGACAUGUUAAAAGGACAUGGCCAACCUUUGCAGCUACAGUGUGUUGCAUAAGUAUUCUCUUUUCCACACCGACCUCCUGGAAACAAAGGGGUGAAUAUUUAUGCAAGGCAUUGUUGGUGUAAAUCAUAAAUAAGGUCUUGAACCUCAGCUGUUCUCAGCAUUGGGCAUCUGUGGCCUUUCCACAGCAGCACUGAUUAGACAGACAUUUCACUGGGGCCACAGAUUCCUCACUGAUAUUUUAGUAUCUGUAUUUUAGUCACAUGCAUUUGAACAUCUCUUGCCUUUCUUAACAUGUGAUUUUUAGUAAUAAGUGGGACACCUGAUUUUAAUAAUUGGAAUGACGGACAGAAAUGAAACAGAGGUUCUCAAAGUCAAUGUGUUAAAAUAAUAUGGUUCAAAGUCAGUGUGUUAUUAAUAUACUGUGGUUCAAUUAAUCUCUUUCAGACUGGUGAAGAUGCUGAACCUUGAAUUUUUAGUUUUAUAUCAUUUUUUAUACUCUGUUUCCUUUGUUAUAUGACUGUGGUUUAAUUCGUGAUUUUAUGUUUAUGAAUGUAUUAUGGUUUUUGUUAUACACUUUGUUGCCCUGUGUCAAGUAAGUGUUAUUACUGUGGUCUACUGAGACUCAAAGUGUAGCCUUGAGCACAAAUUCACUUAAAAGAUAAUCAUUCCAUUGAGAUGGAAGAAUAGAUAGAUGGUCUAUAUGAUUUAGUAUAUGCAUGAAAAUAAUUCAGUGGACACGGACGUUUGUUUCUAUAACAUUAUUAUUCCAAUAUCAAACAUUCAAAAUUAUAAACAAUAAAAGGUUGAAAUUAAAUAGCAGAAAAGAGAGCUCACUAAUACAGAUUGCUAUGACAUUUGUUUUAGAUAAAUUAAACAGUUUUUUUUUUUUUUAAUUUCAGUUGUACUCCAUCAUAGACUUAAAGGAAACAGCAGAGAGAGACAUUAUUUUCAGUUGUUAAUUCUGUGUAUUGGCAUCACAAGCAUUAGUCACAGGCCUUACCUUGUACCCAAUGUGCAAGUAGAAAAAUAAAGAAGUAAAUCACUCA